UGCAUUCAAUGCAGCAUUCAUUGCAUGCAAGGGCCGGUGGCUUGCAGCAGUUUCUUUGCUCCGAGUCAUGGCCUCGCACCGCGUUGAGCUUGAUGCCAUUGGCGCCACAACCCUCGUGAAGGCGUAUGCAACCGGAACAACCUGGCCGCGUGUUUUAUCAUUGCUGCACGAGAUGGCAAAUUCAAACAUGCCUCGGGAUGCUCACCUUUUAACUGCAGCAAUCAGUGCAUGUGAGUCCUGCGCAUGGCAUGCAGCCCAGAUCCAGCUCGAAAACGGAUCAAUUCUUCAAAAGUCGUUAGUUGCGUGGAACGCCUGUGUGGCAGCAUGCGCCGCAGCUGCCAUGUGGUGUUUGGGGCUUAGCACAGUACAACAAUUGCCGGCGCUAUCGCUGCAGAAGGAUGUAGUGAGUUGCAGCUCUGCUGUGCACGCCUGCAGCCUGGGAAAAAAGUGGCCGAACGCAUUGCAUCUUUUCUCAGGUAUGUGGACACACGGUCCGCUUCCAAAUGUUGUAGCUUGCGGGGCUGCAUUUAAUGCAGCGUCAAAUUCAGCAAGCGGUGGCUGGUGGGCCUUAAACGCCCUCAAGCGCAUGCAGAUGCAACGUUUGAAACCGAGCGUAAUGUGUUUAAAUGCAGCUUUGAACGCAUGUGCCUGCUCGUUCUUGUGGACAGAAUGCUUCGCCUUGCUCCGAAACAUGCAGCAUGACAGACUGCAACCCACCAUGGUAAGCUUUGGGGCUGCAAUGUCAGCGUCAGAAAAAGUCGAACGAUGGACGGAAGCAUUAGAACUCCUUACUGAAGCUUUGCAAGCAGGAUUGCAGCCCACUCUUGUGGCAGUUUCUUUGGCACUUGCAGCUUGCAAGCACGAACCGCGUGCAUGGGAACUGGCGAUUCAGCAUUUGGCACGGUGCAAGGAGCCACGCCCAGGAAAUGGCGAAUCCAGCCCCGCCGUUCGGAGCUGUUGCGGCCAAGAAAUGUGGCCGCCUAAUCUUAUAUUGGCAAACACAUUGUCGAGCACCUGCGAAUCUGCAGGAAAAUGGCAGCAAUGCGCAGUGAUCCUUACAUCUCUUCCCGCUUGGCGCCUUCAAGCUGCAGGGCAGACCUACGGAAGUUUUGUUUCAUCGCUGCUGGCAUCGAAAGGGAAAGGGAAGUGGCAGAUCAGCCUUGGUAUUUUGGGGCAGCUUGCAGCAGCCCACCUUGAUCCAGAUAUUGUUUGCUUAGAUAUCGCCCUGAGCCUGUGCGAAGCUGAAGUUUCGAACUCACCAGUUGACAGUUUUGGCAGCCAACAUUCUCAGCGAUGCAAUUUGCCAGGUUGUCCAGUUAUGAUGGAAAUCGGUCAAUCUCACGUGGUCUUACUGCGAAUGGUCGAAGAGUGCGGGGAAAAAGCAUUGCGAUGCAUUAGUAUCUGAAAAGUUGACGGAUGUGGAGAGGCGUGGAUUGGGAGGACGCAGAAAACGAAGAGCAGCCAAGACCCCCAUGGACGAGACCGCCUUUGCCGCUUUGGCUUUUUUGUCUUGGCACGGCUACGAAAGAAGAGCAACCAGCACAGGGUUUGUGAAGCUUGGAGGCGGCAUUCACAUCAGCAGUGCAGCUAUUUCAAGGUGCAACAAGCCAGGGUGCUUCGACCAAUAUUCAAUCUGUGGUUUUCUCUUUUGGACUCGGACAUGGACACGCUUUCGACGCCUGUAAUGCUGUGAGCAGACAGCCGGCGGUUCUUUUUGAUCCCUACCGCUUUGGCUUCAGCCUUCCCGCGCAUUAACCACGCCUAUUUUACAUGGGGUUCUGAGCUAUAGCUGUAGAAUGUUUCCAUCUUGUGGGCCUUCAGACACCGCCCUUCCCGCUUCGAGGAAAUCUUCGAGUUCGACCUGAUUUGCUCGUGCUGCCGCCACGGCCUGUCGUUCCUACGCGUUCCUGUGCCGAAUUCUGGCCGGUUCUCAGGAAACCAACUUUCGGGCAUGAAUGGCGUGUUCAGCCGCACCUGGCGCAUACAAUUUAGCCAAGUUUAAUUAAUAGGUUUCACUAGCUAGAACGUUUCCGGGACGGUUCAGGCGAAGAUUUGUGGCUAAAGUGACUUGCAG